GCGCAUGCGCGGUGCAGAGCUGCCAGGAGACGCCGCUCGGGUAGAGGACGGGGAGUUCCUUCCUUCUGUGGGAUUUUGGCGUUGUGAGUUACGGGUUCGUCCGGGUGUAUCAUCGCUGUGUGUGCAGCCGAUAUGUUAUCCCGUUCCCGGUGUCUCACGCGCUCUGUCGGUCGCUCUCUCGUUGCCCUCCGACAGGGUAACAAUGUUGUAGCACGACGAACUGCUUCGGGCAUAUCGGCUUCUCAGUGCGUCACCGUCAGGAAUAAUCUGAAAUUUGAGGCGAGGCCCAGUAUCUUCCAAAUCAGAUACUUCAAGACCACUGCGUCCCACAGGAAUGAAAUUAUUACUAUCAACACACCAGCGUUUGCUGAGUCUGUCACAGAGGGGGAUGUGAGGUGGGAGAAAGCUGUGGGGGACACCGUCACAGAGGAUGAGGUGGUUUGUGAAAUUGAGACUGAUAAGACGUCAGUGCAGGUGCCCUCUCCAGCUGCAGGAGUGAUCGAGGAGCUCCUGAUUCCUGAUGGAGGCAGAGUGGAAGGAGGCACUCCCCUGUUUAAACUGAGAAAAGGAGCCGGCGCUCCCAAGGCAGCCGCUGCCCCCACUCCAGCAGCCGAGGCCCCAGCAGCUGCGGCACCUCCUCCUCCAUCUCCCCCACCUCCUACUGCUGCUACAGUGGGGCCCAUCCCAACCACCAUGCCCCCAGUGCCACCCGUGCCAGCACAGCCUGCCACUUCCAAACCAGUUUCAGCCAUCAAACCUGCUGCAGCUCCUGCUGCCCCUGCUGCAGACGCUGGAGCAAAGGGAGCGCGCUCCGAGCAUAGGGUUAAGAUGAAUCGUAUGAGGCUGAGGAUUGCUCAGAGGCUUAAAGAAGCUCAGAACACCUGUGCCAUGUUGACAACUUUCAAUGAGGUGGACAUGAGCAACAUCACAGAGAUGAGGAAGGCCUACAAAGACGCUUUCCUCAAGAAGCACGGCAUCAAACUGGGCUUCAUGUCCGCUUUCGUGAAAGCAGCUGCCUACGCUUUGGUAGACCAGCCAGCAGUCAACGCAGUAAUUGACGACACGACCAAAGAGAUUGUGUACCGAGAUUAUGUGGACAUCAGUGUGGCAGUAGCGACACCAAAGGGAUUAGUGGUACCAGUAAUUAGAGGUGUGGAAGGAAUGAAUUUUGCAGACAUUGAAAAAACUAUAAACGAGCUGGGAGAAAAGGCACGUAAGAACGAGCUGGCAGUGGAGGAUAUGGAUGGUGGCACAUUUACCAUCAGCAAUGGUGGGGUUUUCGGCUCACUCUUCGGCACACCCAUCAUCAACCCACCACAGUCGGCCAUUUUGGGUAUGCAUGGUAUCUUUGACAGGCCAGUGGCUGUAGGUGGCAAGGUUGAGGUCAGGCCCAUGAUGUAUGUGGCUCUGACAUAUGACCAUCGUUUGAUUGAUGGCAGAGAGGCAGUCACCUUCCUGCGUAAGAUUAAGUCUGUGGUUGAGGACCCCAGGGUGCUCCUCUUGGAUAUGUGAGAAAUCAUAAAGCGCACAUUAAUGGCUGACAUCCUCAGAGUCUCACACAGUGGUUACCCCACCCCCCAAAAAAAAAUCCUUACUGCAUAAGAUGUACUGUGCUGGUUAACUAGGCAAGAAGCAUUUUGAAUGUUCAUUUAUUCUACAAUAGUAAGAAGGUAACAGUUGACAUUUGCACGGGCUACCCGGGAGAAAAGGUGUUCUUGUGCAGGUGUCUCAGCUGGCAUCUUCUUAGCAAGAAUGCUGUCAUGCCAUUCAUAAGUGCUUUUUUUUUGCCACUGUUUAACUUGAUACAUGUAUGAUCAUUGUAAUACAUAUGCAGUUAUAUGUAUAAGUUGCUCCAAAUAUGUCCAUAUAUUGGUUUUCUGACUGGUAAAACAAGCACAGUAGUAGACAGUAUCUCAUGUUUCGCAUUCUGUGUGUCUGAAGAGGUAGUAAUCCAUCAGUCGACCAGCAGAUAUACUGUUUUAUGUUCACAAUGUCAGUACACUUUUUUUUUUUUUUUUUUUAAAAACACGCACACACACGCCUUUACAGUAUGGCCCUUAAACAAUGUCAAGGUCAGAUCCGUCAAACUCACCAGGAACAGAUUCUGUCUAUGCUGUGUAAAGAAACAAAUAUUUAAGGAGGAAGAAGCUUUUAAACAAUAAAUGGAUGAAAAUUGUG